UCAGGGCAGCCGCUGCCGCCGCCGCCACAACUUUUCUUUUUAGCGGGCGCGCGCGCGCCCCCUUGCUGCCUCCCCACCCCCUUCCUCGCCUCCCUGGCUCUCGCCAGCUCGGACGCCCCCAUGUCGGACUAGCGCUUCCGCGCCCCCCGGACCCCUCGGCGAGCGCGGUUUGGAAGAUAACCUGGCAAAGCACGAAGAUGUCGCUCCACAGCGCGAGAGCCUCUGCUCUCCUUGCCUGGGUGAACAGUCUGACCCUGGGUGAUCCCCUGAAUGCUUUGUCUCAGCUCCAGGACUGCAGCAUCUUCAUCAAGAUCAUCAGCAAAAUCCAUGGCACAGAAGAGGGACAGGCUGUGUUGCAGCAGAGCAUGUCCGAGCGGGUUGCCUAUGUCAGCAGCUUUCUCGAGAAGCGUUGCAAGCACAGAUCUACCACACAGAGCCUGGUGUCGGAGGAGAAGCUUUUGGCAGGCGAGGAGCUGGAACUUGCCAAGGUGGUCAUGUUGCUGCUUUACCACGCUUCCAUGAGUGACAAGAUUCCUAAGGAAUGGGCCACCGUUGAGUACAACCUCCAGGCGGAGAUGGCCAAAUUCCUGAACUUCAUGCUGUACAACGAAGAGUGCCUCGGUGAGAAUCUGGAGAACUUCCUUCGAAAGAAAAUGCCAGAGCCAGCCAGCAUCUGCAGCUCAAGCACCAGUUCAGAGGAGAGCACCCCGCCAAAGCGAGAGGUGAAGUUCCUGAGGCUGCAGAAGGUCGCAUCUUCCUCCAGUAUGAAUAAAUUCCUCCCUGGGUCAUCUGCCUCUCCCAUGGGUGACAUCAUGCAGACACCCCAGUUCCAGAUGAGGAGGCUGAAGAAGCUUCUGGAGGCUGAGAGGGAGAACCGGGAUGAGCUGGAGCACGAGUUGGCAGAAAACCGCAAGCUCAUUGAUGAGAAAGACACACGAAUCCAGGUGAUGAAACAACGGAUUGACCGCCUGUCUCUCCUCCAGGAGAGACAAGCAGCUGAUCAGCUGGAGCCCAAAGAGAUGGAGGAGCUCCGAGAAAAGAACGAAAGCCUGCUUAUGCGCUUACACGAGACCUUGAAGCAGUGCCAAGACCUGAAAACCGAAAAAGGCCAGAUGGACCGGAAAAUCGGCCAACUCUCGGAAGAGAACGGGGACCUCACCUUCAGGCUGCGGGAGUUUGCUAGCGCCCUCACAGAAGUCCAGGAGAUGUUGAACGAGCUCUCCGAGGAGCACAACACUGCUCUGAAGGAAUGGGAGGAGAGGCGGGCCUGCCUGGAAAGCGAACUCCACCAGGCUCUCACUGAGAAGAAAUGCUUGGAAGAGAAACUGGAGAUCUUGCAGGGGAAGAUCUCCAUGCUGGAGGACCAGCUGACCAAGCUGAAGGAGAGCAGCUCCCUGCCAGAGAAAGGAGAAGUGAUGGGAGAUGUCUUGAAGCUUGAAGACUUGAAUCAGCAGGUGGCCAGCCUCAGCAGCAAGCAGGCCGAGCUCCAGGCCACCACCCUCCGCCUUGAAGAGGAGAAGCGCCAUCUCGAGGCCAGCCUCCAGUCUGAAAGGAGCAGCUUUGCAGAGGAGAAGCUGCAGCUGACAGGCCUUCUCACCAGCCUGCAGAAUUCGAGUUUGGAGAUCUCUCGAGCCAAGGAGAAGCUGGAGCAGGACUCGCGGGCUCAGGAAGAGCUCUUGGCCGCCCAGGUGAGCACCCUGACAGCGGAGAUAGCCAAGCUGACCAGCUUCCUGCACCAGAAGGACCAAGAGCUGCUGGCUUUGCACCAGCAGGUGGAAGCCGAGAGGAACCAGAAGGGCCAGCUAGCAGAAGACCUGCAGAAAAACGAGCAGGUGUCCAGGGUGGCCCUCCAGGAGCUGAGCCUCCAGGUGGAUCAGCUGAGUAACACGCUGAGGCAGAGCCACGAGAAGCUGACGCAGGUGGAAGCCGCCAGCCAGGAAGAGUACAACAAGAUUGCCCAGGAGAAGGAGCUGGUGGUGAGGCAGCUCCAGGAGAAAGAGACGGAGCUCUCUGCCCUCAGCAGGCAGCUGCGGUCUCUGGAGCAAGCCCAGGAUUCCUCUGCUGCAGACGCCCAAAGGGAGAAGGCCGAGCUGAGCCAGAAGGUCCAGGAGCUGGACGCCCGAAUCCUGGCCCUCACUGCCCAGUGCCAGCAGAGCGAGGCGCAAGCGGGAGCCGCCUCGGCACUGAAAAUCCAGCUGCGGGAGGCCCAGCAGAAGCUGGCUGAGAAGGAGAAGCUGUCCAAGGAGAACUCCCGCUUGCAGGAGCGGCUUCUGGUCCUGGAAGAGUCCGUCCGCAACACGGAAGGCAUCUUGGAGGACGAGAAGCGGAGGGCGGCAGAGUCCCUGGAAGGCAACCUCCGGCGGAUCGCAGAGCUGGAGGAGCAGGUCCAGGAGCUGGCCAGGCACCGGGAUCAGGCUGCCGAGGACGUGGGCCAGGAGAAGGCCAGGAGGCAAGCCCUGGAGGGGCAAGUGCAGCCGCUGCGGGCCAAGGCAGAGGCCCUUGAGCGCCAGCUGGCAGAGCUGUCCUCGGCUGCCCAAGGAGGCACAGGGGAGCGGGGGAAACUGGAGGGAAAGGUCCAGGCCCUGAGUGCGGAGCGGGAGCAGGCCCUCCAGCAGCUGGAGGCUGAAGCGCGGAAAGUGGCCGAGCUGGAAAGGCAGGCGAAGCGCCUGAGUGCCCAGCACCAGGAAGCCCUGGCCAGACUCCGGGCCGACCUGCACCGGGCUGCCGCCCAGGUCAAGGAGAAGGAGGGCGCUGAGGAGAAGCUCCGGGCGGAGGUGGCCUCCUUACAGGAGAAGCUAGCGGCCGCUCAUCAGGAAGCAGCCCGGGGUGCGGCCAAGGCAAAGAAGGACGAGCAGGAGACAGCACUGGCCCUGGAAGCGGCCAGUCGGGACCUGACCGAGGAGAGGCUCGAGCGAGCCGAGCUGGAGGCCAAAGUGAAGCAGCUCCGAGAGCAAAGCCAGAAGGAUCUGGCCGCUGCGGAGGCCAAGAUCUCCAGCACCAGGGCUGCCGCGAAGGAAAAGGAGCGUGAGCUGGAGCAGCUCUCUGGCCAGGUGAGGUCUUUGAGGGCCAGGCUAGAGGAAGCCACCCAGCAGCACAAGCGCGAGCUAGCCCUGCGUGACGAGGAGGCCAAGCGCUUGGCAGGCGAGGAGGAGCGAGCCAAGGCCGAGCUGGCCACGGAGAAGGCCAGCAAGGCGGCCCUGGAGGUGCAGCUGCAGAACGUCUCCAAUGAGCUCCGGGUGGAGGUGUCUGGCCUGCAGGAGGAGGUGGCCAGGGCGCGGGAGUUUGUCGAGGAGAAGGAGCGGGAGCUGGAAGAGCUGCGGCUGAAGAACGUCUCCCGCAACGAGGAGCUGAGGGACCUGCAGAAGACGGUCAGCAAGCUGAAGGGGGAGCUGGCCUCGGUGGAGGCCCUGAAGGAGAGGGCCGCCAAGAUGGAGAGCGAGCUGCAGGGCUUCCUGGAGGUGGCCAGGACCCGGGAGGCGGAGAUGGACAGCAUCAAGGCCAUCAUCCAGUCCAAGGACCUGUCGCUCCGGAGCCUGGAGGAGGAGAGCCGGCGCCGGGAGCAGGAGGCCACCUCCAGCCGGGAGCGCUGCGAGGAGAAGCGGAAGGAGUGCGAGGUGCUUGGCGCUCGGGUGGAGAAGCUGGAGCAGCAGUGCAAGGAGCAGCAGAGCACCAUCGGCAAGCUGGAGAAGGUGGCGGCCUCUUCUGCGGAGGCGGAGGCCUUGAAGAGGGACGUGGUGCAGCACAAGGGGAGAGCCGCUGAGCUGGAGAGGCUCCUGGAGGCGUCCCGGUCUGCGCAGGAGAGCGCCGUGGAGAAGCUGAAGCGGGAGCUGCUGGAGAAGGGGAAGGAGCUGGCCCAGAGCAGGGAGGCUGCCUCGGGAGCCGAGAAGGAGCUGGCUUCCCUGCGGGCGUCUGCUCAGGAGAAGGGCAAGUCCGAGGAGAGCUGGAAGGAGCAGAUGGCGCGGUGCCGGCAGGAGGCGGAGAGGAAGGCCAGCCUCAUCAGCAGCCUGGAGCAGGAGAUGUCCAUCAUGCACAGACAGCUGCUGGAGAAGGAGGCGGAGAGCAAGGACCUGAGGCGGCUGGUCCUGGCUGAGUCCGAGAAGAGCAAGAAGCUGGAGGAGAGGCUGCGGCUCCUCCAGUCGGAGAUGGCCACCGCUGCUUCCCGGGCAGCCGAGAGGUGCUCGGCCAUGAAGGCGGAAGCGCAGAGCUCCGGGGAGCAAGUGGAGAAGCUGCGGCUGUCCUCGGAGGCCCUGAAGAAGGAGCUGGGCGCCUUCUCCAAGCGGGAGGAGGACCUCUGCAAGGAGCUCAAGUCCUGGCAGGAGAAGGCCUUCCAGAAGGAGCAGCUGCUCUCCACCCGGCAGCAGGAGCUCGCUGGGGCUCAGGCCCUGGUCACGGAGCUGAUGCCCCUCAAGCGCCUCUACCAGCAGCUGCAGGCGGAGCAGGCCUCCCAGGAGAGCAAGCACCGCGAGGAGAUGGAGCAGCUGCAGGCGGCCACGGGCGUGCUGCAGGCAGAGCUGGCCAGGACCAAGCUGGAGCUGCCGGAGCUGCGGUCUGCCCAAGAGAGGCUGCUGGAGCAAGAGCGGGGCGUCCAGCAGCUGCAGGCCGAGAAGGCCAGCUACGCAGAGCAGCUGGCCACGCUCCAGAGGGCCCACGCCCAGCUGGCCGAGGAGAACCGCGCGCUCACCGAGAGGUCCAACCACGGGCUGCAGCGCCUGGAUGCUGAGCUGCUGCAGGCCAAGCAGAAGCACACGCAGGAGCUGGAGGCGGCCAGGCGGGACUCGGAGAAGCUGGUGGCCCUCAGCAAAAGGGAGGCCGAAGAGGCCCAGCAGAAGGUGGAGGCCGUGACGAGCCAGUAUGAAGAGGCGAAGCAGAAGCUGCAGGUGCAGGUGGAGCAGCUAGAGGCGCGGCAGAAGGAGCGAGCCAAGCAGGUAGAGGAGCUGAAGCAGAAGCUGGCUCAGCAGGAGAAGGCAGCUCGAGGCCAGCAGCAGAGAGCCAAGGUGCAUGAAGAGGAGCUCCAGGCAGAGAUGAAAGAGCAGAGCGCGAAGGUGGCAGAGCUCCAUGCCCAGCUGGCACAGAAGGAGCAGGCUGCUGAGCAUUACAAAGCCCAGAUGGAGAAGGCCAAGACUCAUUACGACGCCAAGAAGCAGCAGAACCAGGAGCUGGCGGAGAAGCUGAAAGGCCUGGAGCAGCGGGAGAAGGAGAACGCCGAGCUGAAGGCCGAGUCGGAGCGCCUGGCCAAGGAGCUGAAGCUCACCUCCCUGCAAGCCAAAGAGUCCGAGCUGCGCUGCAAGAGCCUCACCAGCCGGGUCCACAGCCUGGAGGCUCAGGUGGAGUUUGCAGACCGGCAGCUGCGGGAUCAGGGCAAGUUUCAGCUGGCCACGGACCCCCUGAAGAGCCGCGAGGCCUUCCAGCGGAGCCCAGCGGACAUCAGCACCGACAGCCUGGACCUGAGCACCAGCGAUGAGGCUCAGCCGCUCAACUCCACCAGCCGGAAGACCCGCCGUUCGCUCUCUGAAUCUGGGUCAGCCGACACCUCCAAGGCGUCCCAUCGGCUGCCUUCUAAAGUGGAGUCCUUGGAGAGCCUCUACUUCACGCCCAUCCCCACCCGAGCACGGUCCAAAGUGGAGAACAAUGUCGGUGGCUCAGCAGACACUCCUUACGAGUCCGGGCGGAAGACUCUCUCCGCUCGCCGGCGCACCACGCAGGUCAUCGACAUCACCUUGACCAAAAAGCACCCCGAACCGGAGGAGCUGAGCAGCGCCAACGCCUCCUUCUUCAGCAUGCAUUCGGCUGGGUCCCAGGCGAGCGCCCCCAGCCAGGAGUCGGUCAAGACGCGCCUGCGCUCGGCUUCCUCCAGCCGCUCCCUGGCCAGCCUGCCCUCUCAGGAAUCCCUCGCCCGGCUGGGCUCCUCCUCCUCCCCCGAGGACGCUGCAGGCAACGCGGCCCUGAUGAGCCUGCCUGGCUACCGGCCAGCCACCCGCAGCUCCCUGAGGCGCUCCCAGUCCGGAGGGGCUGCUGGCCGACGCAGCCUCUACGUGGACAGCUGCCAGGAUGAGCCUGACCAGUUGGAGGGCUGGGGCCGCAUUAUGGAGCUACAGCAGCGCAACCAAGUGUGUCAGCCCCACCUGAAGACCUGCUACCCUCUGGAGUCCAGGCCCUCCCAGUCUCUGCUGUCCAUCACUGACGAGGAGAUGAAGACCGGCGACCCCAAGGAGACGCUCCGGCGCGCCACCCUGCUGCCCUCCCAGAUCGCCGAGGGCCCCACCACCCGCCGCAGCAGCAGCAGCACGCUGAGUUCCUCCUGGGCCGCGGGGGGCGGCGUGGCCACGCGGCAGCAAAGGAAGCGCGUCUCCAAUGAGCCCCCGCAGGGUCUGGGGACUCCUGAGGCCAAGAAAUCUGCCAGCUGCUUCCCACGGCCUCAGACCCCCAAAGGGCGGAACGAGGAGCGCAAGCAGAACACCCUUGCAGGAGGCAAGAAGACCAAAACCCAGGCAGCUGACAAACAGUCCGAGCGGCGCCAGUCUCUGGCUUUCAGCAUCCUGAACACGCCGAAGAAGCUGGGCAACAGCCUUCUGCGCCGGGGGGCUAACCGGAAAGUGACCCCUAAGAGCAGCCCCCAGGCUGGCAGCCGGAGAUCCCCGAGGGCGGCCACAUCUCCCAAGGGCAAGGUUGCCGGGCUUGCUGGAGCCGGCCAGGGCCCUCCCUCCUGGCCCGAGCAGGCUUGCCAACUCCAAGUCGUUCAAGAGCAGCAAGUUCUAGAGCCGUCUUUCCUGGCCGGAAAUGCCCCCGAGGGGGGCAAGGAGCAGGGCACCGACACCCCCCCAGCCUCUCCUCACGCUCCCAGCCGGGCUGCUCGCACCCUCUCCCCCUCGCUGCCUGCCAGGCCCCCGCUUGCUCCCUGCCAGCCCAGAGGAGGCCGCCAAGGGCCCAAGGCUUCCCGGAGCAGCCCCCGCCCCAGCUGUGCGGUGGGGGCAGAGAACCCUGCUUGCUGUGGGGAGGGGGAGGAGGGGGCGGGGCAGUCCCCCAGCCAGGCCUCCCUCACGGCCCGGGGUCCUUCCCCAAACUAUUCCCACCUCUGAACCCAAGGGGGGGGGGUGUCCGAGUAGCUCAGCAGCGCACCACGCACCGGGGGGGGAGGGGGGCAUCCUUGUGGGGCUUUGCCUUUCCGCUGCUUGGCCAGCACCCCCACCUCCACGGCCUUGAACACCUCUGAUGAGAAGCCCGGCCUGCCCGCCCCGCCGGACCAAGGACGCCCCCUUUCCAGUGGACCAGGAGGGACUCUAUCGGCUUGCCUAGCAGGAAGCGCGCGGGAGAGGGCUUCCCGUCCCCUUCUGCACAUGGACCGCCCUGCGAGGCGCCUGCAGGCAGCAAAGCGGUCCUUGGUCCACGAAGCCCAGCGCUGGAGGGGUCGCUGGUGGGCCGCGCCUGGCCAGGACUCGGAGGACCAGCUGCUCGUCCUGGGCUGCGGAGCGUGUGUGUCCCCCCCCCCCCCCCGGCUGCAUCCGCCUCCACAGCACUUGGCUUUGCUCUGGGCAGGAGCUCUGCCCCGUCUGGGAGGUCGGGGUGGCGAGGGGGGCUCUGAGGGGGUUGGGGGCCGCCGUCCCCACGGGAGGCCUCUGGUGGGCCAGGAGGGUCAUCGGGGGCGGGCUGGGCUGCCGCCUUCCCUCUCUCCCGCAGGCUUUACUUAGCUGUGUCGCUUUGUAUUGUACUCUGUAGGCACUGGGCUUGGGGCGGGGAGGCUUCGUUGCAGUGUCCCUCCUGGGGUGGGGCGGAGCGCCGGGCAGCUCAGCAGGGCCCAUGCCGGCGGGGGGGGGGGGCUCGCUAGCUCUUUCCCACAUGUGGGGCAGGGGCUGGCCUAGGAGGGCUGCCCGGCCGCCCACCCACGAGGGUGAACCCGGGCCCAGCAGAGAGCCGGCUCCUCGGCCUGGUCCUCCCUGCCUGCCUCCUGCAGAACCAGCUGGCUGCCUCGCUGUGGGCCCCUCGAAGCUUGUGGGGGAGAGCCAGAGUGGGGCAGAGGGGGCCGUUCCGGCUCACGUGGGGGGGGCUCUGAGGAGGCGGGAGGGCAGGAGGCGGCUGGGCCCAGCUCCACGCUCCAGGGCCCCCACCCCGCAGGCCACCCGGCGAGCCUUUUCUGGACCCGGGGGGGAGGGGGGACACUGCCGAGGGGGCUCCCCACUAGCAACCCUCUAAUAUCCGCCUUUGUAGAGAGUUUAGCAAUCAAAUGUGUCAUUUUAAAUAAUGUUUCUACUUGUAAAUAAAUGGUAUUUUUCUCCCA